GAGCAAUGUUUCCAAGCCUGAAACUCAACAGACAUCAGAGGCACAAUCUCUCACUAGAUUGUGCGCAAGAGUCAAGCAUUUUUGACAAGAAGUUUUCUGUCAAGGGGAGGCAAAAGAGUUAUUCCAAGUCCCCAGAUAGUGCUAAGGAGUAUCAGAAGCCAAAUAAGAGAUAUAAGCUGCCUCCUGAUCCGGUUUCAAGGGAUAGCAGCUUUGAAGAUGAGCACAAGAAUGAUGUUCUACUCACUUCAGUCAAGAAAGUUAAUAAGGGUCACAUCAAAAAUAUUAUUGAAAGUCUGAGCAAGCAAGGCAGAGAGAAACGGAAUGGUGCUUAUCUCUGAAGAAAGCGCCUAGCUAGGAUGAGGAGGCAGAAAGAGAAUGAUUAUGCUCUUAAAGUCGAUUCACUGAUCUAUAACACUAAUAAAGAGUUCCACUCACUCUCAUUUGCGAGUAAUCUCAAACGUCUACUUGUGCCAAAAUGGACUGAGGACCCAAGCAAAUUCAUAUGACACUCCAAGUUGACACCUGAAGGUCAUGACAGGGUGCAUCGAAUCAUGGAGAAUAAAUUCGGGAGGUUCUCCUAACUCUAGUGUUUUUAAUCUUGACAUGCU